AUGGACGCACGGUACAGAUUGAUUUGUCGGUUGAUUCGUCUAGUGUUGACAUUGCAUGUUUCAACGGCUACUACAGAGAGAUCCUUUUCAGCAAUGAAACAUGUGAAGACUGAUUUGCGCAACAAGAUGGGCGAUGAAUUUCUUGCUGAUUGCUUAACUAUUUUCUUUGAGAGAGAGUAUGUUAUUAGUAUGGAUGAAGACUCAAUUAUUGAUGAAUUUGCUAAAUUAAAAGACCGUCGUGUACAAUUGACAUUGUAA